AUGUGGGACCGGCUGCGGGGCAGUCGGGCGGCGAGCGGCGGCCGGAGCGCGGCCGCGAUGGCGCAGCGCGGCGCGGCGGCGGGCGAGAAGGCGCCGGCGGCGGCCGAGGGCGCCGGCGAGGGCGAACCGCGGGCCGGGGCCGGGGCCGGGGCCGCGCCGGGGCCGCCCGGCGCCGCCGCGCCCUUCCAGCCCCCCGACGGCGGCUUCGGCUGGGUCGUGGUCUUCGCCGCCACCUGGUGCAACGGCUCCAUCUUCGGCAUCCACAACUCCUUCGGGAUCCUCUACAUGAUGCUGCAGAGCGACCUGGGCCCGGGACAGACGGACCCCACGCUGGAGUUCAAAACAGCAUGGGUCGGUGCUUUGGCCAUGGGGAUGAUUUUUUUCUGCUCCCCCAUCGUGAGCAUCUUCACGGACCGGGUCGGCUGCAGGACAACAGCAGCCUCAGGAGCUGCCAUUGCUUUCGUCGGACUUCUCUCCAGUUCGUUCACCAAGUCUCUUGAAGUUCGCUAUUUCACGUAUGGGAUCAUCUUCGGCUGUGGCAGUUCCUUCGCCUUCCAGCCCUCGCUGGUUAUCCUGGGUCACUACUUCAAACGCCGCCUUGGCUUGGCAAAUGGCAUCGUGGCCGGUGGCAGCUGCCUCUUCUCUGUUUCCCUCCCCUUCUUUUUGAAGACAGUCGGAAAGGCCAUCGGGCUGGCGCAUACUUUCCAAGUACUCAGUGCCUUUAUGUUCAUCCAGAUAUUCUUGUCCCUGACCUAUCGGCCCAUCUUGCCACCUUCCUGUGACUCUCAGCAUGAUGGGCAAGAUAAGACGGUCAGCCGGAGUGUGCAGCAGCAGUGCUGGACUCAGAUGCGCAAGUAUUUCAACCUGAGGGUUUUCCGGAGAAAGACCUAUCGGAUUUGGGCCUUUGGGAUCGCUACUGCUGUCCUGGGAUACCUUGUACCUUACAUGCACCUGAUAAAAUAUGUGGAGAAGGAAUUUAAAGAAGACAAAAAGGACUGGAUUCUCUUGGUUUGUCUUGGAGCCACUUCAGGGCUUGGACGCUUGGUUUCAGGCCGGAUUGGUGACUGCAUUCCUGGACUAAAGAAGAUUUAUUUGCAGGUUGCGUCCUUUAUGCUGUUGGGCCUCAUGUGCAUGAUGAUCCCCCAGUGCCAAGGGUUUGAGGGCGUCAUUGUCAUCUGCCUCUUCCUCGGCCUUUGCGAUGGAUUCUUCACCACCAUCAUGGCCCCCAUAGCCUUCGAGCUGGUGGGGCCCAUGCAGGCAUCCCAGGCCAUAGGGUACCUCAUGGGCCUGAUGGCCGUGCCCAUGACUGCUGGUCCGCCGAUAGCAGGAUACCUCAAAGACUAUUUUGGGAAUUACCACGUUGCCUUCUAUUUCGCUGGCGUUCCCCCCAUUAUCGGAGGCUUGGUGCUAUCUGUCGUCCCCCUGGUUCAUCAAAGGAUGCUCAAGAAGCAGCGGCUGGAUUCGGGCAAAGACAAGAUGCUGGUUUCAGAGACGGUCAUGAACGGAGAGCUUCUUCCAGGCUGUCCUACCUCCGAAGCACACGUAUAAAGCCUUUCGCUGGGCCUCCACUCUGACACACGCACACCUAGACACACACUAUUGCCACCAGCAUCUUCUUGCUAGCCUAAGCACAGGCCCUUUUCUAAACGGACUGUGAUUCUCAAUGAUUGCAGAGGCACUAUGGUUGUAAAGGAAAAAAAAAAGUUCUUCUAGUUAAAUGCUUUUAACUAGCAGAAAUGUUCUUUUUCUUUGGGACAGUUUUGAUUUCAAAGCCUCAUUUUUUUCCCCCCUCUAACCCUUUUUCUAAGGAGAACUCUCACCAGGAUUGACAUCUGAUCGACCUCCUUGCCCUUUUCCCAGUUUUCUAUGUGUCACGACAGAGGUUUACAGCUAAUAAAUAGCUUUUUAAAGAGCUCGUUGAACCUUCCGGGUGUGCUGCCCGUGCCCUUCGGUGUCGCUUGCCCGGGUCACGGUCAAGCGAGCUCGUCCGUCCCAGUGCAGCCCGAGCGGUCCUGUUGGAGGCGGCAGCUUUCGAGGAGGAAAUGCCGCUCUAGUCCAACGCAAAACCGAAUAGCCGAUCGGCGGUGGUCGCCCUGUAGUCUUUCUAUCGUCUCCCGUUGUUCCGGAAACCUGCUUCGGGCGCCGACUCCUGCAGGCGCCGGCGGGAGGCUCGUGCAGGGGCCGCGGCUCCGUGUGCCCCUCUUCGCCCCGCGGUCGAUGGCGCGCGGGGAGGUCUCGUGGGCGCUGCUUGCUGCCCGCGCCCGGAGCAGCCGGACGCUAACCGGCGUGUCGCGACGUGUCUGCUGUAGGCCUGUAAAACGAGCCGUCCCGUCGCGGGGCCCUUUCGCCGGGAUGCUCUUCUGUGGCUGGUACUGCUGGUCACCUCCCUGCCUUGUCUUGGGAAGCAGGAGGUGCGCAGCCAGGUCCGGCGCCUGCGGGGGCGACCGGCGUCUUUGGGGCGCGUGCUGGAAGCCGUCGGGGCGGGCUCGGCUCUUCGGAGGACUCGGAGAGCAGCAGGCGCCUUAGCGGCGCCCGGGGCUGUCGCCAGCGGCCCCAAGCGCCUCUUCCUGCAGAAGGCGCCACGGGCCCGUCGAGGGCUUGGCGUGUGCCACGCGAGCCCCUCGUAGACGGUCACCACGGCGGUAGACGCUGGAGCGAGCGUUCGGGUUGACUAAGGAGCGAAGCUUUCUGGACAUUUUUAAUGGUGGCAUGUAAGACGAUUUGUUCACUGGCGCUUUUUUUGCAUGGCUUUUGUACCUCGUUUUUUCGUUGCUCACAGCCCGCCAGAUUUAAAAUCCCCGCGGCUUUUUGGUAGCGUUUCUAGCAAGGGAGCUUGCAGCACUCUGAGCUCAUUCGAUUUUUUUUUGGGGGGGGGAGGAGGGGGCUGCAUAUCCCCGUUCACCCGUGGGAGCCCCCUAAAGCAGGAGAGGAGCCCUUCCGCGGGGCCGGCGCAGCCCGCAAGCUGCCGAGGUCUCCGGUGGGCCUGCCGCCCGCUCGAGCCCCGGAUUUCAUCGCUCGACCCUGCCGGCGGCACUGGCCGUGAGGGGGGCUCUGCCCGCGAGAGCGCCAGGCCGCUGCGAGCACCGCGGCAGCUCUGCGCCCCUCUGCCCCCCCCCCGAGUCCGCUUGUAACUUAAUACGCCCUUAAAAUUUUGUAUUUGGAAGUGAAAAGUAUUUGAGUGUGUGUCUUAAAGUACGCCUGUCCUUUCAAAAUGUGAACUUCUAGUUCUUGGUAUACAUUAAAAAAAAAAAAAAAAAAAAGGAUAUUAGCAUGUUUUUGUAAAUGUUUAUGAAUGUCAUUUAGAAGCCCUGUAGAAUAAACCCGGUUUAAAAAGAAA